ACCUGUCUUUCUGGUUUCUUGUAAACCGCGACACUCGGCCGCCCUGUACAACAGAGGUGGCUGUCUCUUCUUCUUACAAAACCUGUGCUCUGUUUGCGAGAGUGAAGGAACCAAUCGAGCCGAGGUCGGCAAGUGUCAAAGAUGCGUACCCCGCUGGUGAUGAUCUUGGGCUUGGUUUUAGCCCCCGCCGGAUUUGUGCUGAUUCUCACCUGCACCGUGGCUCCCGCCUGGAGAGACGUAGCCGAAAUCCCUAACGGAGCUGUGGACGAGGUGCACCAUCAGGGGCUCUGGGAGAUCUGCAGGGCGGUGGCGUCGGUGCGAUCGCUGUCCUGCGACCUACAGGACGAUAUCUACUUUGCCGAUCAAAUCGUCCGGAUCGCCAAAGGACUGAGCAUUGCCUCUCUGGUGGUGUCGGCAGGAGGCAUUCUGGUGGCGUCCUUCGGCGUGCGCUGCUGGACAGAGCCACCCAGACCAGCCAUCGUCGGAGUGGCAGGGCUCAUCCUGGUGGCCGGCGGUGCCCUGAUCCUCAUCCCGGUCUCCUGGUAUACGGAUCAACUCAAUCAAAUCCCGAACACCGUUGGUGGCAACAGGCUGACGGUCGGAUACGCCGUGGUCCUGGGCUUCAUUGGGGGAAGCCUAGUCAUUAUCGGCGGUAUCGCCCUCACCUUUAGUUUUGGCACGUUGCGGAAAAGCAAGAGUCCAGCGUUAAAAAAUUAUUACCCGAAGAGCACAGCCCAGCCCGCGUACAAACAUCGAACUGGGAUUGCCAACCCAGUCUCCGUUAUAGACGCUCCACCUGCCAACACCAGCUCACUAAAUCCUUGGGAUGCCGAUUUGUGACCAUUCCACUGUCGCUGAUAAAAGAAUAACGAGGUCUGAGUGGUAUGCGAGUACCCAAGAUUGCUGGAAUCUGAAGUCACACACUGAGCACUGGAGGAACCAAGCACGUCAGGCAACACAUGCGGAGGGAAAUGAACAGAUCCUUCAUAAGUACUGGAGAGAAGAACAGAGUUACUGGUAUAAAACAGAUGGAGGGAAGGGGUGGAGAAAGAGCUGAUGGUUGUCAUCUAUCAUCUAUUACCUGCAACUGUCACCUGCCUGCUGAGUUCCUACAGCAUAUUGUAUAUUGCUUCUAGUAGCACCUGCACAGUGCCAGUAUCUGUGGUUUAUAUUACACCCUCCCAGCAAAUCAAAUGUUAUUUAUUAGAGCUUACAGCAAAAAAAAAUUGUGACUGUAUCCCCAAAAUUGAAUAGACGAUAUAGAGGUACUUUGUGGAAGGGACUUAGAAAAGUAGAUCAUUAGAAGGGAAAGGCAGUAUCAGAAAAAUAAAUUUUAAAAUAGAAAUAGAUGCUUUCAAGGAGUAUUUUAAUCAUAAAGAGGCGGCAUUAUUUGACAUGGUUGCAAAAUAUUUUGCUAAGAUCAUAUCUUGCUGGUCUUUACAUUGGUACAAAGUAGAAGGAUGAGAAUUCUACUUGGUUACACAAAUAUCUUAGUAUAUGGGUAUCUGUAGAUCAUAUUGUAUAUCCCAAAGUUGCAGGAUUGUUAACCAACACAAAGUGCUAUAAUAAUUGCUUAAGGAGGUAAUAUCACCAGCAUAUUGCUGUAUUUUUUGUAAUUUAUAUGAUCAUCUUGAAUAAACUA